CAGGACGAGAGGGAGGUGAAGAGGCAGAGGCGCAAGCAGAGCAAUAGGGAGAGCGCGAGGAGGUCGCGGCUGCGGAAGCAGGCGGAGUGUGACGAGCUGAUAGCGCGGCAGACCACCAUGCAGAUGGAGAACAUGGGAUUGUCCGCGGAGCUAUCAAAGCUGCAGGAGCGCUACACCGCCCUGUGCGCCCAGAACGCCCAGCUCAGAACCAUGCUGCAAGAGUCAGGCAUAGACCCAUCAGCAGAAGCAGCAGCGUUCCCUCCAGCAACCUACACUCCAAUGCACAAGUACCAGCUCACCCCAGUACCACCAGCCAACACUCCUGCUGCACCACCGCCACACGACCUUUCUGCCGUUCCCCCCUCUGCCGUGCCUCCCUCUGCACUUCCGCCCUCUGCCCAUCCCCACUCCGCCCUUCCCUCCUCCCCUCCCUCUGCUCCCCUCACUGCCCCCACCCCUCCCUCUGCUCCCCCCCCUGCUCCUCUCUCCGCCUUUGUCACUGCUCCAUACCUACCUGGGAAGCCCGAGCCUGCACCACUGCCUGCUCCCGAAGCUCCUCCCGAAGCUGUACCCAAGCCUGCGCCUGAGCUUGCUGCCGAGCUUGUGCUUCAGGUUCAGGAGCCUGAGCCUGAGUUUGCAGGUCCGGUGCAAGGUCUGGAAGACGAGCAGCACCUGCAGCUGCUGACAGGCGGGGAGGAACCGGGGCUGGGGGAAGGGAUGGGGGGGAGGGGAUUGGGGGAGGCGGAGGGGUGGGGGGCGAGGGAGGCGUUGAGGGUAGUGUGGGAUUGGAGCCUGAGCACAGUGUAGCUCUCCCAAUGGGGGUUGAUCAGAGGUUGGGGGCAGAGCAAGAAGGGAUUGCAGAGGAGAUGGCGGACGGGACGGGGACAGAGACAGGGGCAGGGGUUCUGGAUGGGGUAAUGCAAGCAGCAGAAGCGGUGCAGCAGGGAGGGGAGCAGCAGGGGAUGGAGCAGCAGGGAGGAGAAGCGGUGGAUGAGCGCCUGAUGCAGGUUGAUCAGGAGGAGGGUGUCGUGCCGCUGGAGCAGCAGCACGAGGAGAGGCGAGGGGAGGAGCAGGGGGAGGGGGGGAGGGAGCAGCAGCAGGGGCAGCAGUUGGAGCAGCAGCAGCAGGCGGAGCAGCAGCAGCAGGCGGAGCAGCAGCAGCAGGCGGAGCAGCAGCAGCAGGCGGAGCAGCAACAGGAGGAGAAGCAAAGGGAGGAGCAGGAGGAGGAGGGGAGGGAGAAGCAGCACGAGCAGCAGCAGGAAGAGCAGCAGCAGCUGGAGCGGUUUGAGCAGCAGAAGAAUGAGGAGGCAGGAGAGCGAACAGGAGAGGAAGGUGGAGGAGGGGAGGGAGCAAAGGAGGGAGGAGGAGAGGAGGGGGGAGGGCAGGAGAGUGCCCCAGGGGUUGAGGGUGCCCCAGGGGUUGAGGGUUCCCCAGGGGUUGGCGGAGAGGAGCAGCCAAUGAGGGAGGCUCAGGGGGGCGGGCAAGGGGAUGCUGAGACUGGUGAGGCGAGGCAGGGGCAGGAGGUUGCAUUAGAAGGGCCAGGUGAAGGGGCAGGUGAAGGGCAACCAGAGGAGGUUGAAAUCGAGACCAAGGCAACGGACGCAGUAGCCACUGCCGAUGAGUCAGCUGCUGCAGAUGAGCCAACGCACCCAACAGCGGAGGAAGCUGAGGAGCAAGGAAAGGCUUUGCAGGUUGCAGCUGGUGAUGCUGGCAUUCCAGCAGCAGCAGGGGCUGAGGUCCCCCAAGAAGCAGGAGCCGCAGCAGCAGAGGGAGAAGAAGCAGUGAUGGCAGUGACGGAAAGGGAUGGAACAGCAGAGGCAGUGGCAGAUGGAGAUGGAGCAGCAUCAGCAGCAACUGAGCAGGAGAAGCAAGAGGAUCCGGGCGGCAGUGAGCUUCUAGGGCAGGAAGAUGGAGAUUGCAUGACAGGAAUUAAUGGUGUGGAAGAAACCGCUGAAGGUGCUGAAGGUGCAGAUGGGAAGGCAGAAAUGGAGGAGGUACGGAGGGCGAACGACCUUCCUGCUGUGGUUGCUUCUGCUACGCCUUCAGCUGUUGAUGGACCUGUGGGUGGUUGUGAACCUCUUGCUGUCUCUAGGGGUGCUGAGAACGCUCUGGGCAAAGCAGAGGAGGCCGGGGAAGCUGUGGGAGGAGAUGGUGCUGUGGGCACGGAUCCAGUUUUGGGGGGCUUCGUAACUGGCACAGCAGCUGAUGAGGAUGCAGCACCAAAGGGGGCAGCAGCAGAGGAGAGUGCAGAGGAAGCAGCAGCAGGCGAGGGUGGAAAGGAGGCAGCAAAGGAGGGUGCCAAGGGCCAGAAUGCUGAGGGCAGUGUUGGUGGGGGUAGUGGAAGUGAGAAGACAGAGUCACACGCAAGCAGGUGAAAGGACAGUAGAUGUUGAAAUGGAAGGCGUCGAUGAGGGGGAAAAGAAGGGGGUUUAGGUUAGAGCGACACAUCCCAAUUACCUGGGUUGUGCAAUCGCUAGAUUAGGGCUUGUUAAUAAUGGGUAAGCGUGAUUGGGUAGGGCAUUUUGAACUGACUGAUGUUGAAUGAUAAAUAACUAACUAUACUGGUCGAUUCAUAAGUCGACUCUGUCA